UUAGUGUGCAGAAGGAGAAUGAUCGAUCAAUGGUAGAUGAUAGGUUGUUUUCCCAAGAAAUACGAAAUAACAAAGUCAAACUUUGAAUCUUCUUAUGCUUACAUGAGCUUCUAAAGCGAGAUCUGUUAAAAUGCCACGUGAAUUGAGCUCAUCGUCAAAGCGAAAGAAGAAAAACGGCGCGUCGUCCGAAACAACAACAUUGAACGCCAAACUUUCCAAUGAAGAACUUCUUCGACAACUCAAGACAUUAGCAGAAGAGCUUACAAGUGCAGAGCAGUCAACGAAUACAAAUCAUUACGAUGCUCAAGCAGCUUUUCUUGCCAGUCCAUUUAUUAUUAAACACAAAGACAAAGAUGUCAGACUACAUGCAGCACUUUGUCUUGUUGAUAUUCUAAGAGUAUAUGCUCCAGAAGCACCAUUUGAUAAAGACCAGAUGUGGGAUGUAUUUUCACUUAUAAUCAGUCAACUAAGAGGACUUGAACAUGGACCAAAUGAAACUAAAUACAAGAAACGUUUUUAUAUUUUAGAGAGCCUUGCAUUGGUGAGAACCUUCAACAUAUGYGCUGAGCUUGAUUUUCAAGAUCUUAUUUUGCAGCUAUUUAAGCUUUUGUUUGGUGUAGUGAACGACAAUCACACUGUCAAAGAACAAUCUUUUAUGGUAGAAAUAAUGAGUCCAAUAUUUGAAGAGAGUGAAUCUAUAUCACAAGAAUUAUUAGACAGUGUUCUUAUMAACAUUAUUGAGCCAAAAAAGACUAGAAAUCCUGCUGCAUACAAAGUUGCAUGUAACUUGAUUCAGAGGACAUCAACUAAUUUAGAGCCUUUUAUUCAAAUGUUUUUUAAUAGUGUUCUUACCCUUGGCAAAACCUCUGAAAGUGAUUUAACUGAUAAAGUAUAUGAGCUUAUCCUGGAACUGAAUAGAGUCUGCAGUCCAGUGCUAUUGUCAGUGUUACCCCAGUUGGAAUUCAAAUUAAAGAGUACAGAUAUUGAAGAACGACUUACUGUCACUAAACUACUUGCACAGAUGUUCUCUGAUCCUGAUUCUGAGCUUGCAGCACAAAAUAAACCUUUAUGGAAUUGUUAUUUGGGAAGAUACCAUGAUAUCAAUGUUGAUGUUCGAGUGGAAUGUGUUAAGAGUGCCAAACAUUUCUUACUACAWCAACCUGAACUUGCGCAUGACAUCACAGAAAAAUUAUGCAGUCGGUCAAGAGAUCCAGAUGAGAAAGUACGCCAAGAAGUUGUUACCGUAACUUGUGAWGCUGCGGCAGAGAAUAUCAAGUGCAUUUCUGACACAUUAUUUGAUGAAGUUUGUGAGAGAACAAGAGAUAAAAAGUGGAUUGUGAGAGGAGAAGCACUGAUGUGUUUAGGAAAACUGUAUAAAAGAUACAUCACAGGCCCAAAUGCAGAUGCUCAAAUUGCUCGGAAGCUAUGUUGGCUUCCUAGUAAACUCAUACAUGGUUAUUAUCAGAACAUGGUUGAAGACAGGCUCUGUGUCGAGAGAGUCUUGUCUGGUUGUUUAGUUCCUGUCACACUUAAGACCAAGGAAAGGAUGAAGAAACUGCUUUCACUGUACACUCAGCUUGAUACAAAUGCAGUAGGGGCAUUCAAUGUACUUUUAAAGUGCCAAGCAAAUGUUAGAGCUGAUCUUGCUGCAUUAGUUGGACUAUCUGAGAAGGAAAAGUCUGAAGAAAAUGAUGCUGCAAUGCUGUCGCAUGUCAUAACACUUGCAAGAGCUAUGCCAGAGCCAUAUAAAUCUCAAGAAAACCUCAAGAAAUUGCAAGGAAUGUUGGAUGAAGUCAGAACAAGAGAAUUGUUUAAGAUAGCUGUUGAUGUUAAUGCAGGAUGUCCAGCAGUAUUCAAAGCAGUGGCUGACUUGGUGGUAAAACUUGGUGCCAGAAACCCUAUCUUAGAGACUAUCAAAGCUUUGCUAGACAGAGCUGCACCAGUCAUGGUUGAUACAGCAUGUGUUAAAGUGCUGCUUGAAAUGGUGAAAAAUCUUUUCGAAGGUCUUGAUGAUGAUGAAGAAGAUGAUGAUGACUGCAAUGAUAGUGCUGACCUAAAAGGAAACAAGGGCAUGGAAUUGCUUUUGACACUCUCAGGGAUUUUCCCAUCUCACUUCAGAAACAAGGAAUGUUAUGAAACCAUCUUAAUCUUUUUAAAACACAGCGAUCAGCAAAUAGUCAACCAUGCCCUUCACAUAUUGUCUAAUGUUGCUGAUGGAAUGGAAACCACUGAUAAAGAUGUAUCCAUAUAUUAUCAGCCAGUCCUGACUAAACUGGCCAGUAAAGGAACACCACAGCAAGCCAAAUAUGCUAUGAAAUCCAUUGCAAAGAUUUUUAAUGAUCCUUCUUCUGUUUUUGAAAGAAUCUUUAGUAAUGUUUUUGAGAAUCUUGAUUAUGACCACCCAUUGUUGUUGUCUUACCUUACAACACUGGCUCAAGUUGCUGUGUUGGCACCAUCUAUUUUUGAAACCAAGCAAAAAGCAAUCAUCAGAGAUUUUGUGGUCAAAGAAUUACUUGUAAAAGACAGGAGUACUGUGGAAGAUUCUGAUUCACAAGGUGAUGAUGAGUGGUGUGAGGACUGUGAUGUUACAAGAGAAACCCAAGCAAAGAUCAAAGGCAUCAAGCUUAUGAUAAGAUGGCUUCAAGGAUUAAAGAGCAACCAUCAUAACUCUGCAUUGCCUGUUUUACGUUUGCUCAGUACUUUAUUAGCCAAUGGAGGAGACUUGCAAAACAAUGGAUGUGUAUGUUCUCAUGACUGUUCACGUCUCCGACUUGCUGCAUCCUGUGGAAUACUGAAGGUUGCUCAAGAAAUGCAUUAUGAAGAAGUGAUUUCUCUUGAACACUUUCAGAAACUGGCAUUGAUAAUGCAGGAUUGCUGUGGAGAAGUUAAGACAAUAUUUACAAAGAAACUUCACAAAGCUCUUGACACGCUAAAACUCCCUUUAGAGUACCUAGGAAUAUUUGCUUUAGCAGGUUCUGAGGCUGAUAAAGAACGGAAAAUCAAGGUCCGUCAAAUGAUAACAAGAAAUGUUUCUAUCAGGAGGGAAUAUCUAAAACAGCACUCUGCUGCACAAGCAUGUUCACAUUCUUUGCUUCCUGAGUAUGCACUGCCAACUGUAAUCCACUUACUGGCUCACCACCCUGACUUUAAACCAAAAGAACAUGAGUCAUUGGUUCAGUUCAAAGAGUAUUUGUGGUUUUUUAUUGAACCAAUUUUAUCAAGUAAAACAGAAAACUUUGGACUCUUAAAGAAACUCAUAGAGACAAUCAAACAGACCAAGGAUGCUCAGAACCCAGAUGACCAAGAUGCAAAUGAGGCAUUGUAUACUGUGUGUGAUCUUGCUUAUGGACUGAUUGUUAGCAAGGCCAGUGGGUUAGUCACAGAAGAGUUCCCAGGACAACCACUUUUACCCAAGAAAAUGUUUCUACCUAAUACUAUGGAUCCUCCUAAUUCCAAAUCAUAUCUACCCACGGGAUUUGUGUUUUUUCCUGGAAAGCGAAAAACUGCAGCAUCUGAGCCUACCAAGAAGAACCCCAAACCAGCAAAAACUACAUCUGACAAAAGUAGUAAGAAACAGCUCAAAGUAGCUUUAAACAAAAUGGAAGAAAGCGGAACUAAGACUGCCGAUAAGAGGAAAAGGACUGCAAGCGUACAAAGAACAAGUACAAGAAAAAAGACAAAAGCAAUAGAUGAAAGCGAAAUAAGUGAAGAGGAGUCAGGUCCAGAUGUAAGUAGCCCAUUGAUGGUCAAGAGAAAAAUACUUAGCGACAGCAAACCGUCUUUUAAAAAUACCACCAAAGAGAAUUCUUCCACAAACAAAUCACCAACUAAAUCAAAAACAAGUGAUAAAGAAGCAACAAGGACAUCUCCACGUAAAACACGAAMCAAAACGUCCCCAGCGAAGCCUGAAUCUUCUCCCAAUAAACGAUCUCCAAUUAAAAGAGAAAGUCAACGUAACAGUUCAGGUAAUGUAGCCAAGAGGCUGCGGUCAGAGCUGGAUGCGUCCCCUGAUGACGAUUCAUUAGAUGAUACACCACAAUCGUCAAGAAAAUUAAAAGAGAAACCAGUGGUAAAUGGGGUGGCAACACCGAAGAAGGAGACAUCACAGAAGAAAGGUGUUAGAAAGAGUCCAACCAAAACUAAAAGGAAAAGUCCCGCGAAGAAAAGACAAACAAGUGCGUCAAAGUCCCCUGAGCGUUCUCCAAAGAAACAGAAAACACAAGCAAGUCCUGCCAAAUCUCCUAAGAGAACCCCUGAGAAGCGAAAAUCAACCAGUCCAAACAAACGACCAAUCACAACACGAACAAGUCCAACAAAGGAUGCAAAAACUAGUCCGGUUAAAAAACAUAGAAGUCCUAGACAGCAAUCGACGUUAAAUAUAAAAAGACGGAGUACAAGAAAACGUUGAAAGAUGACACUAAUAUAUAUCCAUGUACAAGGGGAAGACCAUGUUUGAGUUGUAUAGUCUAUAAGCCGUUGUUUUACACCCUUGGAACUCAUGUACGCGUCGAACACGAACUGCUGGUAAAGUGAAUUAACCAAGUUCCGUAUGUAUGCGUCGCCCGGGAACUUUUUAAUGGAGACAACUAGGUUCUCUGUAAAUGCUAUAGAAUAUUAUGCACCGUACUUGGUGAACCUUUAGCCGUUUUAGAUGUUGAUUUUUCAUGAAGACACCAAGACGUCAGGGCUUCCAAGCUUGACUCAUAUAACAAACUUUUAACUGUUAACUGAAUGGUCUUUCGGUGCAAUGUUUAAUUGAUCAAGUGACAAGUCAAGGUUUUUCGGUGAAUCGGUCAUUAGUAAAUGUUUCCUUAACCACAAUCAAUUUCCACUGAACUCAGUGUGAAUUCAUAAAGUUGUUCGUUUCUUGAUGGCCAAUAUUUGAUAAUUACAGCCUUUUUUCGGCUGCCACACAAAAAUGUUGCGUUUUAUUUGAGAACAAAGUACAUAAAGAUCACAAGCACUUUGUACAUCGCUUUUACUUUUAUAUUAGAUAUUUUGGGUGCAAAACCUGGAAUUAUCAUUACAAUUUUUAACCUUA